AUGUUCUAUUCGGAAACCCUCCUGUCGAAGACCGGCCCUCUCGCCAGGGUCUGGCUAUCGGCCAAUUUAGAGCGCAAGCUCUCGAAAAAUCACAUUUUGCAAGCAAGUGUCAAGGACAGCGUUGAGGCUAUAGUAACACCGAACCAAGCUCCUAUGGCUCUACGACUCAGCGGUCAACUUUUGCUCGGUGUAGUCAGAAUUUAUAGCCGGAAAGCACAUUAUCUGCUAGAUGAUUGCAAUGAAGCAUUGAUCAAGAUCAAGAUGGCGUAUCGUCUAUCGGGUAACAACGAUAUUCCUGCGGGACUCCAUAUGCCAUCGCGCGACGCGCUCAUGCUUCCUGAUGUCCUCACCGAGAGUGACAACCUCGAAAUGCCACCAAUGCCAGACGCGUCCUUCCUCUUCUCUCAGCUUGACGGUGAUACGAACGCGACGCGAAAAGGCAGGUCUGCUAGUCGUGAUUUGAACAUGCCUGAUGAGCUUUUGGGGAGCCAAAUAUACCUACCCGAAGAUAACCGGAAUGACGAGAUUUUGGAACUUUUACCAAUGGACGAGCUGGAUCUGGGUAUCGAUUUUGGAUUUCACGAGGAGGAGCCUAGUGUUGAAAUGGGACGAGACGCUCCUGCUGCUCGUGGGGUUGAGGAUGACUUACUUAGUGACUUGGGCAUCGACCUCGAAACCGAGCUACCUGUGAAGGAUACUGUUGAACCGGGAGAUGACACUACUCUACAAAUUGGCACUGGUGAUGAUAAUGAUCCUAUGCAUCUCAAUACUGGAGGUGACGUCGAGAUGAUCGAUAUCUAUGAUCCACCAGAUGUAUCUGAGUUUGCCGCCGCGCCUGUUAUCCGACCCGAACGUAUAUCCGAAUCGCCGCUUUCAGAUUACGAUGAAACCGUCAUCCAACAGGGAGAGAUCAAUCUUGGUGAUCAAAGUUUGUUCGCUCCGGAGGAAGAAGUGGAAGAACCUACAUUGCAUGUCGCACCCCAAAGAGCCCGGAAGGUUAAGACCAUCGAAGUCGACCAAGAAACUCUCAUCUCAAGCAAUGUUGUCAAAGAGCAUCAGAGAAAUCGAGAGAGGAUUUUGAGGCCACAAUCCUUUUUACCGCGCGAUCAACAGCUUCUCGCUUUAAUUGAAAUGCAAAAGAAUGGAGGCUUUAUCUCGAACAUUCUUGGCGACGGAAGAAGCAUGGCCUGGGCUCCAGAGUUAAGAGGAAUGCUGUCGAUCGACGCAAUUCGCAAGAACGGGGAACUCAAGCGGAAACGCGAUAGUGGAGUGGCAGACAUGGAUAUCGAGGACGAGCAAGGCCCACAGAAGUCACCACGUCUUGAAAUUGGCGAAGAGGAAGAAGACUUCGGAGUUGAACUUGGAGAUGCCGGGUUAGGACGCAAGAGCAUGUCAGUCGCCCCUGAUGGGACAAUUAUUGAAGUUGCCGGGGAUGACGGAGGAUACAUGCCAAACCUGGAUGAGGAUGAGCACAAUGCUACUGUCGGCUUAGAACCGGAAUCACCUGCACCAAAUUUCGAUGAGACGACCGCACCUCUUGUGCACCCAGCCGACAGCGGGCCAGUAUCCCUAGGCACAAAACAUGCUGUUCAUUUGCUUCGUGAACGAUUUGGAGCUGAAGCUGCCGAUAGCCCUGACAAACGAAAGAAGGCCAGUGUGCUCUUCCAGGACUUGUUGCCGGAACGUCAAACCUCUAGAGCGGAUGCUACCAAGAUGUUCUUCGAGGUCUUGGUUUUGGCUACGAAAGAUGCAGUCAAAGUCGAGCAAUCAGAGUCAUUGCUGGGUGGUCCCAUCAGAGUACGUGGCAAGAGAGGUCUAUGGGGCGACUGGGCCGAGACUGGAGCUGGUGGUGAAAUCGCCGAAGAAGAUCUUGCUGCUGGUCCAUCACAUGGUCUGGAGCAAUCGGCCGCCAUUGCCGUCGGCGCAUAA